AUGUUCGUUCUCGUCAAGAUGAAGGACGCUGUUCCUAUCCCGGCAUCCGAGUUGAGCAAGCCGCGGUCACUGGCAGUGAGCAAUCAGAUAGAAAAGAAGUACAGCAACCGGGUUCUCUUGGGUACAGGGUUGUGCGUGUGCUUGUAUGAGAUCGAAGAGCUCGGGGAGGGCUUGAUCUAUCCCUCUGACUCCGCUGUCCACGUCCGCGUCACCUUCUCGCUGGUUGUGUUUCGCCCUUUCAUCGGCGAAGUGAUCACGGGCAGCAUUCACAGGAGCACCCCAGAAGGCUUGUGGAUCAGCCUUGGUUUCUUCCAGGACAUCUUCGUGCCGCCGCACUUCAUGCAGGAUGGCUCGGAGUGGGAUGAAGAGCACCAGCUGUGGGUAUGGAAGAGCGAGCACGGCGACGCCAUGUUGGAUCCAGCCUUUGGCAGCCCCCGAUUUGUGGAUCGAAAGAAUACCCCUGCUCGUACUGGACAGGAGCAGGAGCAGGAGGACGAGCCAGCGUUUCAGGUCAUGGCGUCGAUCAAAGAUGAUGGGUUGGGGUUGGCAAUCUGGUGGGAGUGA